AUGGAAAAAAUUGAAGGUAUAAAAGCAGCCGGAAAAAUUGUGGCUAACAUUUUGAAACAACUAAAAAAUGUAGCCGAAGUGGGUGUGUCUGGCCGAGACCUAGAAAAUAUUGCCAAAAAUCUCAUGGAAGAAAACAAGGUCCAAUCUUCAAUUUUCAACUAUCAAGGAUUUCCGGGUUAUAUUUGUGUUUCCUUAAACAACGAAUUAACACACGGCAUUCCCGAUGACCGACCUUUUCAGGACGGCGAUUUAGUCUCAAUAGACGUAGCGUGUAAUUGUCAUGGCUACCAUGCUGACGCCGCCUUAACCUUAAUUAUCGGAGAUGGAGACACCAAAAAAAAAGAUUUACUAAGGGUCACGAAAAACAGUCUUUAUUACACUAUUCAGAAUAUCCAACCUAACAUUACUACUACCCAAGAUAUUGGGGCCACUCUGGAAAAAUUCAUCCGCUCCCGGGGUUAUUAUCCUAUCAAGGAGUAUGGAGGUCAUAUAAUUGGCACAAGCAUGCAUAGCGACACGUAUCAGGACCAAGAAAGAAAAAUAUUUAUUCCUAAUUAUAAAACUAAGGAUAAGGGGGAAGUUCUUCGCACCGGAAUGUUUAUUUGUAUUGAGCCAUUAGUGCAAAUAAGCGACGCCAAAGUCGAAGUAGCAACUGAUAAGUGA